AUGAGCGACUUCGAGGCCAACAAGACGGCUGCUGACGUCCGGGAGCGUCCUACCAGAGACUCUUCAGACACUCCCAGGGGAGCCCCUCAAACCAAUCAAGCUGAGGCACUUCAGCCAGCUAUUGCGAGCUUUUUCACCAGGCGCAGGGGCCGUGAUCUUGAGGAGAUAGCCACGCAGCCCUCGGUAUACGAUGACCCAAAGCUGGCACCGCAUUUCCAACCGAAUCCAAAGUAUGAGAACCUGCAUCGAUUCGAUCCAGAAUUUAAGUGGAAAUGGGGCGAGGAGAAGCCUCUGAUCCGUAAAAUCGACUGGAGAGUCACCAUCUGGGCAGCACUCGCUUUCUUCGCGCUGGAUCUCGAUCGCAGUAAUAUUAGCCAGGCUAAUACGGAUAACUUUCUAGAUGACAUGGGGCUGGAUACUAAUGACUACAACUUGGGUCAAACGCUGUUCAAGGUUGCCUUUCUGAUAGCCGAGCUCCCAUCUCAGCUCGUCAGCAAAAAGAUAGCCCAGAUGUGCCUCUGGAGCAUUGCUUCAGCUGCCCAGUUUUGGCUCAACAGCAGAGCGUCAUUUCUCGCCUUACGUGUGAUAAUCGGCAUUCUGCAAGGCGGAUUUAUUCCGGAUAUCAUUUUGUACCUUUCAUACUUCUUCAAAAGCGACGAGCUCCCUUUGCGUCUGGCUAUCUUUUGGAUGGCGAACAGGUUAACGGAUGUCAUAUCGCCAUUAAUCACAUACGGUGUCUUGCACAUGCGUGGAACUCAAGGCCAAGAGGGGUGGAGAUGGUUGUUCCUCAUUGAGGGCCUUAUCACUCUAAUAAUCGGCAUCUGGUCCAUAUUCCAGAUGGCCCCGUCUCCAACACAGACGAAGGCAUGGUGGCGACCUCAUGGCUGGUUCAACGAGCACGAAGAAAAGAUUAUGGUAAACCGCAUCCUCCGUGAUGAUCCAUCCAAGGGCGACAUGCACAAUCGCCAGGCCAUCACUCCAAAGCUGCUGUGGAAAUCACUCUGCGAUUACGAUAUUUGGCCCAUUUAUGCUAUUGGCUUGACGUUUGGCAUCCCGCCCUCCCCGUCGGACCAGUAUCUUACUCUAACCCUACGAGGACUGGGGUUUGAUACCUUCAACUCUAACUUGCUGAGUAUUCCGGCGCAGAUUGCAACUACAAUAAAUAUGUUGAUCCUGACCUACGUCUCUGUGAAAUGGAACCAGCGGGCGUGGCUCGGUCUAUUCACACAGUUCUGGUUUCUUCCCUGUCUUGUCGCCCUAGCGGUUCUACCUGAGGGGACUCCUCGCUGGGGAUCAUAUGCACUUGUCACUGUGAUUCUCUCAUAUCCAACCCCGCAUCCAAUGCAAGUCGGAUGGUGCAGUUCGAACUCCAACACUGUCCGAACGCGAACUGUUUCAGCAGCUUUAUACAAGUGCCUAACGGCACGUAGUAUGAUGGUGCAAGUGCAGGCAAUUAUAGCCUCGAAUAUCUACCGCGAGGACGACAAACCACUAUACCGGCGAGGAAACCGUGUUCUCAUUGGGAUUAACUGUCUUAAUGUCGUCCUGUAUCUCUUCGCGAAGUGGUAUUAUAUCAACAGAAAUAAACAGCGAGAGAAGAUAUGGGGUAGUAUGACUUCAGAGGAAAAAGAAGAGUAUCUGAACACGACAACCGAUCAGGGGAACAAGAGGUUGGAUUUCCGAUUCGCUCACUAG